AUGAAUCGUGAUUGGAUGUAUGUUGAAAAUCGAACUCAACCCGAGUUCUUGAACGGGAUUGAGGAAUUUUGUAGAACUGCUAUUGAACACCAGAGGACUACUAAAGGAGAAACAAUCUUUUGCCCUUGUCGUGAUUGCAACAAUGUGAAGAAGUGGAAGGAAAUUAGUGUGGUUGAAAACCAUUUAUUUCGCCGUGGGUUCAUGGCAAAUUAUACCAUUUGGUAUUGGCACGGUGAGAAAAUAAUUCCUACAACUAGUAGGUCAUCAAUCAAUGACGCUGAUAUGGAGAAUAGAGAACAAUAUGAUGAUAAUGAAAGGGAUACCGAUGAUUUUUUCGAGGAGGAUCACAUUCCUGAGAUGAUGGAUGGUUUGGGUGAUCAUGUGAACGAAGAAUCUCGUAUGUUUGAAAAUGUGUCAAAGGCCGCCGAGACACCUUUAUAUCCUGGAUGUGCAAAGUACUCUAAGCUUUCAGGGGUUUUAACAUUAUUUAACUUGAAAGCAAAGAACGGUUGGACCGAUACAAGUUUCAAUUCGUUGUUAGAAGCUUUAUCAGACAUGCUUCCUGAAGGGAAUGACAUUCCUAAGUCUACCUACUAUGCAAAGAAGCUAUUGUGUCCCUUAGGUCUUGAGUACACGAAGAUCGAUGCAUGUCCUAAUGAUUGUGUACUUUUUCGAAAUGAGUAUGAAAACCUUGAUGCUUGUCCAAAGUGCGGUGUUGAUCGCUACAAGCGCGAGGGUUCAAACCCCAAUCGCAAGAAGUGGCCACCAGCUAAGGUGUUAUGGUAUCUGCCUAUAAUACCGAGGUUUAAACGACUUUUUUCUAUCAAGAAGGAUGCAAAAAACUUGGUGUGGCAUGCACAAGAGAGGAAGAAAGAUGGGUACAUUAGGCAUCCCGCUGAUUCGAAGCAAUGGAAACAUAUUGAUGAUACAUUUCCGGAGUUUGGUAAAGAGGCUAGGAACCUGAGACUUGCAUUAAGUACCGACGGGAUGAAUCCUUACGGUACCCUUAGCUCUCAACACAGCACAUGGCCGGUGCUUUUGUCGAUUUAUAACUUGCCUCCUUGGCUAUGCAUGAAACGUAAGUACAUCAUGUUGUCGCUUCUAAUAUCGGGUCCCAAACAACCCGGUAAUGACAUAGAUGUCUACUUGGAGCCUCUCUUGGAGGAUUUGAGAUUGUUAUGGGAUAAAGGUGUUCCAAUGUUCGAUGCCCAUACAAGUACAAAUUUUACUUUGCGGACCAUGAUUUUUUGCACUGUAAGUGAUUUCCCGGCUUAUGGGAACUUGUCUUGGUACAAAGUCAGAGGGAAAAAACCAUGCCCCAUUCGUGAGGACAAAAUGGAACCAACACGCCUCAAGAAUUUUGGAAAGGAUGUUUAUAUGCAUACUAGACGACUGCUUCGUCGAGAUCACCCUUAUCGUAAGAAAAAAGCUGAAUUCAAUGGGUUCCCAGAGAAACAGUGGUUGCGUGAGCCACUUAGUGGUAUAGAGUUGUGGGAGAGAAUCAAAGAUGUUGAGACAAUUUUCUGGAAAGUUGGUAAACCUACCUCUAUUACGGGUCUUUGGAAAAAGGUGUCUACAUUUUGGACUCUUCCUUAUUGGAUACACUUGUCUGUUAGACAUUGUCUUGAUGUUAUGCAUAUUGAAAAAAAUGUAUGUGAUUCAAUCAUCGGGACAUUAUUAAAUAUACCUAACAAGAAAGGAUACUAA